CAAUUAUGUAAUUCAUAUGAAAGUGAUAAUCCCUUUGAUGGGCCUCCUGUAUCAUAUAACCCAGAUAAAUUACGUUUAGCAAGAAUUGAUAGAUUAGAAUCUAUAAUGAAUAAAGUUGCAAACAUGGUAGGUAGUAUUGCAGAUUCUGUAGGACAAUUAACCAAUCAAUUAGGAAGAAUAAUCUAG